CACAUUCGCCCAAGCUUAAUCUCUUCUUAAUGAACUAUAACUCCCAACUUCUAAAGCCGAUAUUGUACAACUCCCAGCACCCUGCUACCAAUCCUGACAUUACUGACCUAAGGUUCCCAGAGACACAAAGAUUUUUCUUUGGCGAAAGACCGAUUUUAGCGAAAUCCGACCUAUCCGUCAGAUUAUCGUAAAGUUAGUGGGAAUCGAACGAUCAUGCAUUUUACGAUUUUUUUGUCCGACAUCUGUCAGAAAAUUGAUCGGCCGGGUUGAAAAAUCUUUAUGGGUCCCAGUGCAACGUAUCUAUGGAAAUAUCGCCUGAAAUGGUCUUUUUAGUUGAUGGACACGUCGCACAUUUAAAGGAUUGUUUCGAGGUGAUUGUUGUGUCACGACAAAGAAAAGAUCUUUUAAAGCUCUUCACAUCUAUAACCAACUUUAGCCCCACAACAACUAUAUAUAUAUAUAUAUUGUACAACUCCCUGCACCCCAGUUCAAUACAACCCCCUGCAGGCUCUCAGGCCCAGCGUGUCUCUUAUGGUCAUUUCCCCCGCGGUUACAGAAUAACUCAGAGGAGGCACAAGAUGACUGAUGGGAUUUGUAGUCGCACGCCAUGAGGAGAGCUGCCAGAAGAAGAAGAAGGAGGAGGACAGUACAGGGUUGCUUCUCCCAGCGGGGCAGGCGCGUCACUGGCAGCCGGGUCACUGCUCCCCUCGCCUGUAUCCCACGGCUGCGCACGGACCCCCCUCUCAGCUGGAGGCGGUAGUGCGUCUGCGUGUCACUGCGCCGCUUCCAUAUUAAGUAGUUCCUCGCUCUCCCCUCAGCCGGGAUCCCUGACACACACACAGUCACACGCACCGGGACCAGCGCCGCCAUGCCUGGCAUGAUGGAAAAGGGCACCGUGUUUCUGGGCAAGAACAGAGCCAAGAGCCCGUCCAGCGCCUCCAAUGGCCAUUGUUCCGAGGACAGCGGCGGCAGCGACGACGACGAGCACGGUGGUAGCCUCGAACUAGAGCGAAUGAAUGUGGGCAUGCGGGUGGGAGCCGAUUUCCAGGCCCGGAUCCCGGACUUCGAUCCCGGUGCAACCAAGUACACUGAUAAAGACAGUGGAGGGAUGUUGGUGUGGUCGCCUCAUCAUAAUAUACCAGAUCUGAAAUUGGAUGAGUAUAUUGCUAUAGCAAAGGAGAAACAUGGCUACAACGUAGAACAGGCUUUGGGCAUGCUGUUCUGGCACAAACACAACAUUGAGAAGUCCUUGGCCGACUUACCCAACUUCACCCCAUUUCCCGACGAAUGGACAGUUGAAGACAAAGUUCUCUUUGAGCAAGCUUUUAGCUUUCAUGGGAAGAGUUUUCAUCGAAUUCAACAAAUGCUUCCAGAUAAGUCGAUUGCUAGCCUAGUGAAGUAUUACUAUUCCUGGAAGAAAACACGGUCGCGGACAAGUCUGAUGGACAGGCAAGCUCGGAAGUUAGCCAGCAAAACCAAUCCCGGAGAAAGUGACGAGGAGCUGGAGGAGCCAAAUCCAAAGGAUGGGCAUGAUAGUGAUUAUGACCCUAAAAAGGAAACAAAAAAGGAGCACAUGUCAGACUAUGGCCCUUUCCUUUGCAACCCUAUGGAGAACAAUGACCGGUCCGUAACAGUGUCAAGUUCGGAAUCCUGCUUCCAGCCUGUCAAGGUGGCUCUUGGCAGAAGAGAAUACCAGAGUUUACAGCACCGGCACCAUUCUCAACGAUCUAAGUACCGUCCCCCAAAAGGCAUGUACAUAUCCAAGGAAGAUGUGGUAGCGGUGUCUUGUAGUCCCAACGCAGCAAAUUCCAUUCUCCGACAAUUGGACAUGGAGUUGAUAUCAUUAAAGCGGCAGGUUCAGAACGCUAAGCAAAUAAACAGUGCCCUUAAACAGAAGCUGGAAGGCAGCAUUGAAGAAUUCAGGACGCCUGAGUCAAAUCAGAAAGUAAAUGCGCGAUGGACCACAGAAGAACAGCUGCUUGCUGUACAAGGUGUCCGCAAAUAUGGUAAAGAUUUUCAAGCUAUUGCAGAUGUAAUUGGCAACAAGACUGUUGGUCAAGUGAAGAACUUCUUUGUAAACUACAGGCGUCGGUUUAACUUAGAGGAGGUAUUGCAGGAAUGGGAAGCAGAACAAGGAACCCAGGCCUCUAAUGGUGAUACUUCUGCUUUAGGGGAUGACACAAAAAACACUUCUCAUGUGCCAUCAGGAAAAAGCACUGAUGAAGAAGAGGAGACGUUGGGCAACCGGACAGCUUCACACACAAACCAGUCACCUCCAACACAAUCCUCUGUUCCAGCACAGGCAACUUCUAUUUCGACAGUAAAUCAGCCUCCACCUCUCCUCCGCCCAACACUACCGGCUGCUCCAGCUCUCCACCGACAACCACCACCACUUCAACAACAGGCUCGAUUUGUUCAACCGAGGCCCGCUCUUAACCAGCCACCGCCCCCAUUAAUCCGUCCAGCUAACUCCAUGCCUCCUCGUUUAAAUCCCAGACCUCUAGUGACCACAAGCACUAGUCAGCAGCCACCAUCGUUAAUUGGGAUACAGACUGAAUCUCAACCCAUGCACUAAAUUUAUAGGGCAGAAAUCCAUACUCUUGAUUGACCAUAAUGUAAAUCUAAAGAAGAAACAUCCCUAAUUUCAAGACAUUUACCAUAAAGCUCUUCACAGACAGAUUUAGACAAUUUUUGUACUUUUUCUGUAUUCUACAUUUGUUAAAAAUGUAAAAUUAUAUACAGUCCACAUAUAUAACCUGUAAACCAAAGUAUUUUUGUUUUCUCUGUGAUGAUAUUCAUGUAUUGUAUUUGUUAAAGGUUUUCAUUAUAUUUAAAAGCACUUAAUACACUGACAACAUUUAUUCUUAAUAAAUCCCAGGUGAUUUCCAAAUUUAAUUUGUGAUAGAUUUUUGUAUACUGUAUUUAUGCAUUUUUAUAAGUUAAAAGAGGAACUUUUUUUGGCUUAAUGUUAAAAGUUUUUUUUAAUCAGCCAUCAGAAAUAAUUACAAAAUUGUUACAACAUCCUCAGUAUUUUAUUUUUGUAUGCCUCUUUACAAAUAUUGUAUAAUUGAAUGAUUGUAAUCUCUGUUGUGUUUAUCUUAAUGUAAAUAUGUUUAUGUACUUAUCUAUGUUGAAAUCUUGAGAGUUUUCCAAACUAUAGAAUUUAGUAUCCGUUUCUGUGGACAAAUCUUCGAGUUUUUUAGGGUCCCCCCCUCUUAUUUCUGUUAUCAUAGAUUUGCGCUCACAGACUAGAAUGGGGUGAUUACUAGAUAUUCAGUAAAUAAGGUGUUGAUUUAUUUUGUCUGUACUUGACUCUAUAUAGUGUAAGUGUUUGUAUGUUUACAGCCCCAGUACAUAUUUUAAAUGUUUACUGUGCACUUAGAGGGCAAUUUUUACAAAAAAAGUUAAACAUCUCAAAUGUGUGCUUAUUUAUUGCAUAACUCAAUUGCUUAAAAACAUGAAAAAAAUAACUAGAACAGAAAUCAUUCUACCCAUCAAUUUUUCGAUGAGUGGCAAAUUUCUAUUUGAUCUUCAAAAACAAAGUGUUUUUUGUGCUUAAUACAUCUCAAAAGUUCGAGUUUCACAAAAGUGAACUUGAAUUUGUGAUUUUUGAACACAAAAUGUUGAUAAAUCUGUCCCUUACUACUACUUUUCAAAAUGUUGGAAAAUCAAAUUCUUCCCCUUUCUAUCAAGAGUUCCCUUUGGUAGUUAAAAAAUCUCCUUCAGCAUUCAAGUGCAACUGAUUUUAGAGGAGCAAACAACACAAUAAUCUGUCGAUCAUAAUACUGAAGGCACUUGUUUAUCAAUCUACGGGUCUUUAAGCCAUUUUCUCACAACCAGAAGGCAUCUGAUUAGAAUGAGCCCAUCCAGUACAUCGGCAGUGAUUUUGCGUUGGUUGCCCACCACUGAGAUCAUCUCAGGUUAAAGCUGCUUCCCCAUUUCUUCUUAACCUUUUUUGGUUUUAUUUUAAGUGCACUUACCUCUAUGCUAAUUGGAGCGGUUUAGUUACAUGUACCUAAAGCCAACUGGUAUGGAGAUACAUCUCCUUUUAAUAGCCAGUGAAUAUUUUCCUUGGAAAAUAAUACCAGUAUGCCUCCAAUAGUAUUCUUUUGACAGACAUUUUAAGCCUUAAAUGUUUUAUCUUUACUUAAGUGGUUUAACAACUGAAUCCCAGUAAAUCAAGUAUUUUGCAUUGUCUACAUAGCUUUAUAUAUUUGUUGAGAUUGUGAUGGUAAAGUUUCUAGUAAUUCUUCAUUCUGGCAUUAGUGGCAAUUCUGGAGAAAAUAUGAAUAAGUGGAGUUAUCCAUAUAAAAACAGGUAUGUUUUUUUGAUUUUUCUUUAAUUUCGGGAUCUUUUUCAGGAAAAUCAACUUUUAGUUAAUAAUUUAUACAAUUAACAUUUUUAGAUUCUAUAUUUUUCUGUCUAAAAAUAGAAAUCAAGUUUUGAUAUUUUGACUGUUGCCCUUCUUUCAUGACCUUUGUUUAGCUUCAAACAUAAGCUGAUUUCAAAUGUCAAAAAAAAUAAUUAUGCACCUAGGGACUUCCAUUUUGCGUGUUGAUCCAUGUAUCACUUUUUUUUUUUGGCAUGAGAGGAUUUAAAUCAAUCUGACACAUUAGAUAAUGUAAAUAUGCAUUCUCUAAAAUGAAAUGCCUUAUGAAGGAUGUUCUUCAGCCUUUUAUGGACUAACGUAGAUAAUGUGAACAGUAUUUAUGUCCUCUGUUAUUUAAAUCUGUGUCUUUUUGUGUCUGUGUGUGUAAUUUAACAUUUUCCCAUAAAAUACUGAAAUGGUGGCGUAACUGAGAAGAGCACUGUAAAAUUAUUUGGUGUGUUGAAGUGUGUUAAACCUCGUCAUGUGUCUUGUAAUUUGCAACAUUGCUGUAAUUUGAGCAAGGUGAUGUAAAGAGAAAUCUGAAGUUCCAUGAGAUGACAGCAAGACUAGAACUUCCCAGUAAUGUAUCAUAUUUCUGUAAUUGGGAAUUGUGUAAAUACUGGUUGUAUGUCUCAGUGUUUUUCUUUUUAUUAUGGUGAAGUGCCCGAUGCUUUGAUCGUAUGAUUAAAGUUUGAAAUAACCUUG